AUGAAGCUUGAUCAGUAUGUUGAUGAAAACACAACUUCUAAUGAUUUUAUACCCUUGAUCCGUGAUCUUUUUGAAACAAACUGGUACGGAACAGGACGGGAUAUACAGCUCGAGCGUGUCGGCGACCGUAAGGUUCCGUCCUCGCUGCUAGAGCCAAACUACAGUCACGAAGAGCUGAUCGAUAUGCUAGUCAAAUAUUUGGCUGAUAAUUGCAUCGAAAAUGCUUUGAUCAAUGGGAUAGUGACAGGUGAUGACUUACAAAUAGCCAACAGCUAUGGCUUCAAGGGCAGGAAUGCUGUCACCAAUCUAUUAAAGUCCCCGGAAUUCAGAAUUGUACACACAAUCAUAGGAACGGAGACGUUUCUGGAUCUUUUAAUCAAUUACACGGCACGAAUGGAGAACAUUUAUCUAUGGGGCGAAUUGAACGAAUCCAGUUACAGGAAGCAAUGCAGAUCAUCGCUUUUGAGUAUAAGGAACAUGCUCUAUAGUGAAGUAUGGUCUUUGCAACGGCUAGAUCCAUUGCCUGAAUCUGCCUCUUUGAUAUACGACGUUUUCAAAACCAAAAAUAGUCGCCAUCCAAAACUUGAGUUUCUGCUUCAAUCAAUGCGCAUUAAUCACAUUAACCAUCAACCAGACUAUCCAUAUAUAUUAGACUCAAUAUGUCCCGAACCAACAAACAUCAAGUCUAAUUUUGACUUAGCGGUGGGAAAACCAAGCGUGAUAAAAUUCGUUACCAUCAUUCUUGAAAAGAUCAUGCCCAAGAAGUUAUUUGGGUCGCCGCAUAAUAAGUCAGUGCUAUUCAAAAAGAUCGCCGAAGUUCUCAAUAGCCAUAAAAAGGAUUCCAUAUAUGUGUGUAAUGUUGCAAAGAAUUUCAGGAUCACAGAUAUUGACUGGCUGGUACCACGCAAAAAAAUGAACAAACACGAGUUUACGAGAGCGCAAAACACGUGGAUUCAAUUCAUUUGGUGGUUUUUCAACUCAGUGCUGUUCAAGCUGGUAGCUUCUUUUUUCCAUGUCACAGAUAUUUCCCAAUCUUUCGAACUACUCUAUUAUAGACACGAUACCUGGAGACGAAUCUCAAAGCAAUUCAAAGACAAAUACUAUGGCCAGUUCCUGCAGAGGAGACCCGAAAAUCUGAAUAGCUACUUCACUUAUGCAAAAAAUGACGACUUUAUUGGUAGCCUAAAACUUCUACCGAAAGCUCACGAUUUGCGAUUCAUUACAAUGCCGUUCAAGGGUUCAGGAAAAAGUGUAUUCGAGUACAUGGAUCGUCACAAGAAUGAAGUGAAAGUGGCAAACCUUGUCCUUUCACACAAACGUAAGAAGAACUGUAUCAUUUCAGUGAGUGAUCUCCCUUGUGAGCUGUUGAAAUACAAAAAUCAAAUUACUGGCUCAGUAUAUGCCCUGAAGUUUGACAUCCGGCAGGCCUAUGAUACCUUGCCCAGAACAAUGAUAUUGCCACUGAUUUCUGAGCUGCUCAAAGAGACACCCGAAACCUUUCAAUUUAACAUUGAACGCUAUUUUGUACUUAGCGCCCCUACUGCUGCUGGGAAACGAAAGCGUCGCAAACUGUCAGUGUUGGAGGGGCAUGAAAGCACAAUCUCAGAUAAAAUUCUGUCCCACGCCAAUAGCCCUUCCGUAUUGAAGAAAAGCGAAAUUAUGAAGAUUGUCGAGCAGCAACUGGAACACGCAGCUUUGUUCUCCUCAUCAGAGACGUUUCACAGAAAAAGAGGUGUUUUCCAAGGUUUUCCCCUCUCUGGUAUCUUUUGUGAAAUUGUCUACGACAAGCUCACAGAAUACCUGCUUUCUCUAGGAAGUGGAGAUGUAAAAAUCAUCAGGCUUGCUGACGACUUUCUAAUAUUGUCAACAAAAAGGGACGUAAUAGCAAAAUAUCAAAGCCUCAUUGAGAAUCGCAUUCCCCAAUUCAACAUCAUGGUAAACAAGCAAAAGAGUUUUGUGUCCGAGGAUACAGUUGAUUUUCUCGGGACCACAAUAAAUUUGAGGACGCUAAGUGUCACGAAGAAUCUUGACUCCUAUGAUCUGACUCCAGUGCGAGUACCAUCUUUUAAAGCUCUGUACUCCGCUCUGGUAAUUCAUCUCAAGCAGGCAUUGGCCUCAGACUUUUUCAACUGUGAGAUCAAUGAUGAGAAAACUUUGAUACAAAAUUUAGAGAUCCUCAUUCAGUCCCUUUCUGUGAGAUUCAGGAAAUCGAGGAAAUCAGUAGCACGAAACGACAGACUCGAAAGUUCAAGGUUUGACCAAUUUCUGCUACAAACGGAAAGGUUGAUAAUUACGAAAGUAGGUACAUCACACUUGACGUAUAUCCGCAGGCUUCUUAAACAUUUCUGA